AGAUCGGGCAGAGGAGAGUCUAGAGUCCGGAGUCCGGAGACUGGAGACCGCAGAGGAGAGAGUCUGGAGUUCGGAAGAGGGGGCCGUGGUGGGGGGAGGAGAGCCCGGUCGGUCCGGAGCCCCGGGACGGGAUGCAGCCGCCCCCCAGGAAGGUGCGCGGGAGUCCAGAUGUGAAGUUCAGCUUCUCGGAGCAGUUGUGCAGAGCCCAGAGCCGACAACAGCUGGAACUGGAGCUGCUGGAAGACCUCAGGUCGUUCAGUAAACAGAGAGCAGCCAUUGAGAAGGAAUACGGUCAGGCCCUGCAGAGACUGGCGGCUCAGUACCUGAAGAAGGACUCAAGCAGAGGGAAGGCAGAUGCCACUGACAGCAGGUCCACGUUUAUCGCCUGGCGGUCCACCAUCGAGGCCACCGCCCAGCUUGGGCAAGCGCAUGCCGCGUCUGCAGAAACCUACCGGACAGUCAGCGCUGAGGCGGGCAAGACUGGACGCUUGGCCAAGGACGUCAGGCUGAAGAAGUGCUCAGAGCAGCUGCUCCACGUCCAGGCGGAACUGACCGAGGCUGUGAAGGAGCUCAACAAGGCGAAGAAACGAUACGCACAGCGACAGCGAGUAGCCGAGAUGGUGCAGGAGAAGGCGGCCGAGGCUGAGGCCAAGUCAAAGAAGAGCGAAUUUGGGAUAUUCCAUUCCAAGACCAGCCUGCAGAAGCUCAGUGUGAAGCUGUCUUCCCGGCUGCUGGAGUGUAACCAACGUGUAACCGAAGCUCGGAACGAGUACCUGCUGACCUUGGCUGCAGUAACAGCGCAUCAGGACCAUUACCUACAGAGCGACCUGCCCCAGAUCCUGAAGACCCUCGAUGGUGACAUGUACGACAGACUGCAGGAGUUCCUCACCCUCGUCAGCAAGGCAGAAAUGGACACUUCUCAGAUGGGACAGGAAUGUUUCCAGAAGGUCCUAGAAUCCUCCAGGAAGGUUUCGCGGGAGACCGAUAUCCGCUUGUUCCUCCAGGAAAAUUCCAUCUUCACUGAGGCCUCGACAUUCACCUUCCAACCUCUGGGAUCGGACAAGGUUUGCCAUCUGGUGUUGGAAGUGGGCACCAAAGGCGGAGAGACAAGCCUGGAGAAGGAGGCCCGGAAAUGGGCAAUGAAACUGGCCAAUCAGCACAAGGUCGUGGCCCAUGGAGACCGGGUUUUACAGAGCUUGCUGCGCCGCAGUCAGCAGCUGUCCGAGGAAGAAGCGGCCGGACUCGAGCUGAAGAUGGAGGAGGUCAGGGAGAGCAUCAGGAAAGCAGAGGUGAGCAAGCGGAAGGCGGCGGCGAGGUUGGCGUUGCUGCGAACGGCGGGUUUGGAGGUGGACGUCUGGGUCAGUAGCACCAUGUCGCAGGCGCAGGAGGAGCUGGAGCGCGAAAGAAGGCUGAGCGAGGCCCGUGUCUCCAACGGAGGUCCCGAGUUUACUGAGUUGGAUUUCGCCGACUUUGAAGAGUUUGAGGAUGGCAGCGAGAGUCCGGAAGAAAAUCAGGAGCAGGCUCACGUAUCUGGUCCUCGUCUCUACCCUGUGCACUGCACUGCGCUCUACAGUUACCAGGCCGUGCAAGCCGAUGAACUGACCAUCACGCAGGGUGAGGCCCUCGAAGUGAUUGAGGAUGGUGACACAGAGGGCUGGGUGAAGGCUCGGAACUUCUCGGCACAGGUCGGCUACAUUCCGGAGAGUUACCUUCAGUUCCCGAGUGGAGCCAAUCCCAGCAGGAACUCCUCAGACAUUCAGGACAUGAGUUGGAAUUUCUCACCCGGUGGCUCCACAGAGCAGGCGUCAUCUGGAGAGUGCUUGGCCGUGGCGCUGUACGACUACCGAGGGCAGAGCGACGAGGAGCUGUGCUUCCCGGAGGGAGCGGUGAUCCGGGUGCUGCACACCGGGGCGUGCGGAGUUGACGACGGAUUCUGGAAGGGGGAGUUCUGCGGACGAUCUGGCGUCUUCCCCUCUCUGCUGGUGGAGUUGCUGAGUGAGGGCCGAGCAGAUCCUGAACUGGAUCCGGAGGCGGACCCCAGCCUCCUGUUUCCUCCUCCGUUCUCGCCUCCUGCCCCGGACUUCUCUUUGCCAGGCUUUCACUCUGUGGGACCAGCACAGCAGGAGGAAUGCCGUUUAUCUCCCAAUCCCGGGGAUCAGAGGGACACCACGCACAGUGGGGAUCCUGGCAGUGGGACUCCAACUGGACAAUUGACACCGGUGCGGGUUCCUCCUCCGGUGCCGUCACCAGUGCCGGGUUCACAGCCAGAGGGCAGUUUCCUAAUCUGAACGUCGCCGACUCCAUUUCUAUCUCCGUCUCCAUCCCUCAGGGUCGCUCCCCCUGCAUCGGAGGCGGGAGUCUGCCCCGGGAGCGGGACGGUCACACCGGGCAGUGAUGGACAGACAACACAGACCGGCCAGGAACACGCACCAGGACGCAGGACUCGGGCUCCCACUCACCCUCCCACUGCCAACCACAACCCCCUCCGCCCUCCCCCCAACCCCGGCAUUGGAGAGGCUGCAGAGGACGUUCACCAGAAUGAAAUGGUUAACGUGAGGAGCGUUUGACGGCUCUGGGGCUGUACUCGCUGGAGUUUAGAAGAAUGGAGGGCAAUCCCAUUGAAAUGUUGAAAAGCUUCAAUUGGGGGCUGGCUGGCAUCAGCGCCAGACUCUGGAAUGGAGGUUCCCGGGUUUGAACCCGGCCGGGUCCCACUCCCAAGUACGCUUUCCAUCCGCGCUGACUUGAGUGUCGAAUUCGCAACUCGACCUUGUAAAAUAAAAGGAAAAAUGCUGCAAAAUGUCUGUGUGAGGGAUGGCGUAUCACACAGUCUCUCUCUCGCUCCGCGCCUUGUGAAGGCGUGAAAAAGACAUCGUCCCACCAACAUCGCACACGCACGGACACACGCACGCAGACGCACACGCCAAAAAAAGAGAGAAGCUUCAAUUGAGUUGAUGUGGAGAGGAUGUUCCCUAUAGGGAGGGAGUCCAGGACCAGAGGGCACAGCCUCAGAAUAAAGGGACGUACAUUUAGAACAGAGAUGAGGAGGAAUUUCUUUCACCAGAGAUGGGUAAAUCUGUGGAAUUCAUUGGCAUUCUGGCAGACUGGCAUUGGGUAUAUUUAAAGCAGAGGUUGCUAGGUUUUUGUUUGCUUAGGACGUCAGAGGUUACUGGGAGGAAAUGGGAAUGGUGUUGAGAGGGAUGAUAAAACAGCCAUGAUGGAAUGGCAGGGCAGAUAUGGGCUGAAUGGCCUCAUUCUGCUCCUACAUCUUAUGGGAACCAGCCAGAGCCGCCCAGUUAACAGAAAGGCCACAGACAGCAGGGUUUGGUGACCUGUGGGAGUGCCCGAGUGUUGGGGACAAGUGUGUGAAGAGUACAUAAUACAGGGUGACCAAAACUACACAAUACUGCAAGUGUGGCCUCACCAGCAACUUGUACAACUGCAACUUAAUAUUCCAACUCUAGCUCCUAGACUCCGUGUCCUGACUGAUGGAGGUCAGCAUGCAAAACACCUUUUUCACCUUGGAUGCCAUUUUCAACAAGCCAUGCUUCUAAGUCUCUUGGUUCCAUUGCACUCCCUCGUGCCCCACCGUUGGGGCAGCAUGUUCACAUCGCGGUUAGUAGAACGCUAUUACAGUGCCAACGACCCGGGGUUCAAUUCCCGUCACUGUCUGUAACACAUUCUUCCACUUUCCUCCCACAUUCCAAAGACAUGGGUUGGUAGGGUAAUGAGUCACACGGGUAGCACGAUACGAGGAGUAUGAGACGAGAGCUACCUUUGCAAUGAGCUCUGCACUCAAGAUUAAAAAGGCAGAACUUUACAGCAGUUCAGAGUUUGACUACAGCCCAUCACUGAGCAGGAUUCAUUAGAAAGGGCAAAUAAAAAUGAUGCAAGUGUAAGCGGAACAGCCGUUAUUGUGAAUGGGUCAGUGUUUAGAGUGGCUUUGGCUCAUCAGACUUGGGCUAGAUCAGGUUCAGGCAAGUUAAAGUAUCUGCACCUCAUAAUUUCAUAUACCUCUAUCAAAAUUCCCCUAAAUCUUCUACGUUCUAAGGAAUACAGCCCUGACCUAUUCAACCUUUCCCUAUAACUCAGGUCUUCCAGACCCGACAACAUCCUUGUAAAUUUUCUCUCUACUCUUCCAACCUUGUUUGCAUCUUUUCUGCAGGUAGGUGACCAAAACCACACACAAUACUCCAAAUUAAGCCUCACCAAGUCUUAUACAACUUCAACAUAACAUCCCACCUCCUGUAUCAAUACUUUAAUUUAUGAAGGCAAAUGUUCCAAAAGCUUUCUUUAUGACCCCCAUCUACCUGUGACACCACUUUUAAUGAAUUAAGGACCUGUAUUUCCAGAUCUCUUUGUUCUACCACAUUCCUCAGUGCCUUACCAUUCACUGUGUAAGACCUACCCUGGUUGGUCCUACCAAAGUGCAAAACCCCACACUUGUCUGCUUUAAAUUCCAUCUGUCAUUUUUCAGCCCAUUUUUCCAGCUGAUGCAAGCCAUGAUAGCCUUCCUCUCUGUCCACUACAGCCCCCAAUCUUGGUGUCAUCCACAAAUUUUCUCAUCCAGUUGACCAUGUUGUCAUCCAGAUCAUUGAUAUAGAUGACAAACAACAAAGAGCCCAGCACCGAUCCCUGCGGCACAUCACUAGUCACAGCCCUCCAUUCAGAGUGGCAUCCCUCUACUACCACUCUCUGGUUUCUCCCACGCAGCCGGUGUUUUGCCUCUGAUGUGCUCCAGGAUAGUAAACACCUCCUCUGUAAUCUGUACAGGGUCCAUGAAGUUGAUGCUACUUUGCCUCAUUUUUUGUCUCAUGAGUAAAUACAGAUGCAAGAAGUCCCCCAUCUGGGCUCCACACACGGAUUACCAUUCUGAUCUUUCAGAGGACCAAUCCUGUCCCUUGCAAUCCUUUUGCUCUUAUGAUAUCCAUAAGAUCCCUUAGGAUUCUCCUUCACUUUGUCUGUGAGAGCAACUUUAUGGGGUUGGAAGGUGUUGAAUCAUUGUGGGUAGAGCUAAGGAAUUGCCAAGGCAAAAAGACUCUGAUAGAAGUUAUAUAGAGACCCCCCCCCCCCAAACAGUAGCAAGGAUGUGGUCUACAAAUUACAAUGGGAGAUAGAAAAUGCAUGCCAAAAGGGCAAUGUUACAAUUGUCAUGGGGGAUUUCAAUAUGCAGGUAGAUUUGGAAAAUCAGGUAGGUGCUGGUUUCCAGGAGGGGGAAUUUCUACAAUGCCUAUGAGAUGGCUUUUUAGAGCAGCUUAUGGUUGAGCCCACUGGAGCAUCAGCUAUUCUGGACUGGGUGUCGUGCAAUGAACCAGAAUUGAUUAGAGAGCUUAAGGUAAAAAACCCUUAAGGGCAAGUGAUCAUAAUAUGAUCAAAUUCACCCUGAAAUUUGAAAAGGAGAAGCUAAUGUCAGGUGUAUCAGUAUUAUAGUGCAGUAAAGGGAAUUACAGAGGCAUGAGAGAGGAGUUGGCCAGAAUUGAUUGGAAAAGAACACUGGCAGGGAUGAUGGCAGAGCAGUAAUGGAAGCAAUUGAGAAGGCACAGGAUAUAUACAUGCCAAAGAGUGGAAAGAAUUUUAAAGGAAAUAUGACAGUACCAUGGCUAACAAGAAAAGUCAAAGCCAACAUAAAAUCCAAAGAGAGGACAUAUAAUAGAGCAAACGUUAGUGAGAAGUUAGAGGAUUGGGAAAUUUUUAAAUACUGACAGAAGGCAACUAAAAAAGUCAUUAAGAAGGUAAAGAUGGAAUAUGAAAGUAAGCUAGCCAAUAAUAUAAAGAGGAUGCCAGAAGUUUCUUCAGAUAAGAGAAGAGAAGUGUAAGUGUAAAAGAAAUGAAAGUGGAUAUCGGACUGCUGGAGAGGUUAUAAUGGGAGACAGCAAAAGGCCGGGCGAACUGAAUAAAUAUUUUGCAUCAGUUUUCACUGUGGAAAACACUAGCAGUAUGGUAGAAGUUCGAGAGUGUCAGAGGUCAGAAGUGUGUGAAGUUAACACAACCAGAGAGAAGGUUCUUGGGAAACUAAAAAGUCUGAAGGUAGAUCAGUCACCUGGACUAGAUGAUGUACGCCCCAGAGUUCUGAAAGAGGUAGCUGAAGAGAUCGUGUAGACAUUAGUAAUGAUCUUUCAAGAAUCACUAGAUUCUGGAAUGGUUCUAGAAGACUGGAAAAUUGCAAAUGUCACUCCACUCUUAAAGAAGGGAGCGGGACAGAAGAAAGGAAAUAUAGGCCAGUUAGUCUGACCUCAGUGGCUGGGAAGAUGUGGAGUUGAUUGUAAAGGAUGUGGUUUGGGGUACUUGAAGGGUCAUGAUAAAAUAGGUCAUAAUCAGCACGGUUUCCUCAGGGGAAAAUCUUGCUUGACAAAUCAUUUGGAACACUCUGAAGAAAUAACAAGCAGGAUAGACAAAGGAGAAUAGAUUGAUGUUGUGUACUUGGAUUUUCAGAAGGCCUUUGACAAGGUGCCACACAUGAGGCUGCUUAACAAACUAUGAGCCCAUGGUAUUACAGGAAAGAUUCUAGCAUGGGUAAAACAGUGACUGGUUGGUAGGGGGCAAAGAGUGGGAAUAAAGGGAGCCUUUUCUAGCUGGCUGCUGGUGACUAGUGGUGUUCUACAGGGAUCUGUGUUGGGACUGAUUCUUUUUAUGUUAUACGUCAAUGAUCUGGAUGAUAGCUAUUUUCUAAAUGGAGAGAAAAUUCAAAAAUCUGAGGUGCAAAGGGACUUGGGAGUCCUUAUGCAGGAUUCUCUGAAGGAAAAUUUGCAGGUUGAGUCUGUGGUGAGGAAGGCAAAUGCAAUGUUAGCAUUCAUUUCGAGAGGACUAGAAUAUAAAAGCAAGGAUGUAACGUUGAGACUUUAUAAAGCACUAGUGAGGCCUCACUUGGAGUAUUGUGGGCAGUUUUGGGCCCCUUAUCUAAGAAAGAAUGUGCUACAUUGGACAGGGUUUGAAGAAGGCUCAUGAAAAUGAUUCUGGUAUUGAAGGGCUUGUUGUAUGAGGAACAUUUGAUGGCUCUGGGCCUCUACUUACUGGAAUUCAGAAGAAUGAAGGGUGACCUCAUUGGAACCUAUCGAGGCCUGGAGAGAGUGGAUCUGGAGAGGAUGUUUCCUAUUGGGAGAGUUUAAAACCAGUGGAUGCAGCCUCAGAAUAGAGGGGUGUCCUUUUAGAACAGAGAUGAGGGGGAAUUUCUUUUGCCAGAGAGUGAAGGCCAAGUCUUUAUAUAUAAGGCAGAGGUUGAUAGAUUCUUGAUUGGGCAGAGCACAAAAAGAUACAGGGAAAGUAAGAGACCUGGACUGAGAGGAAAAUAGAUCAGCCAUGAUGAAAUGGUGGAGCAGACUCGAUGGGCCAAAUGGCCUCAUUCUGCUGCAAUAUCAUCUGGUCUUGACAUCUUCAGAAGUUUUCUGAUGACUCUGCCGUAGUUGGAUGCAUCAGCAAGGGAGAUGAGGCUGAGUACAGGGCUACAGUAGGAAACUUUGUCACAUGGUGUGAGCAGAAUUAUCUGCAGCUUAAUGUGAGAAAGACUAAGGAGCUGGUGGUAGACCUGAGGAGAGCUAAGGUACCGGUGACCCCUGUUUCCAUCCAGGGGGUCAGUGUGGACAUGGUGAAGGAUUACAAAUACCUGGGGAUACGAAUUGACAAUAAACUGGACUGGUCAAAGAACACUGAGACUGUUUACAAGAAGGGUCAGAGCCGUCUC